AUCCUCCUUCAUUCUUUUCUCGUUUAAUUCAUUCUCCCUCCUUCUUCCUCUUCUUCAUCACUUCAUUUACUUUAUUCAUUCAUUCAUUCAAUUCAUUCACAUUUUUACUUUGAUUGUCUGUCUGCUCUUCUGGUUUCAGGCAAUUUAAUCGAAUCUCAAUCGUCUCAAAUCAUUCUUUUACGCUCUUAUAUCACAUCUUUGGUAUCUGCAUUACCCUCACUUUGCCCUUUCUCACUACACCUCGAUACUUCUUCAUUUUAUCAUGGGUGAAUCGGCUACAUUGGCAUAUUCCGAAGAUAAUCGGGGCUAUGUCACCUACAAGUCCCGCUUCGUUGGCCUCUUUGCCAUCGUCCUGCUCAAUAUUUCGACAGGAUUUGUCUGGCUGACCUAUUCAUCAGUUGCUGAUGCAGCACAGGCAUACCUAAACUGCUCUAGUACAAUUGUCAAUCUCACAUCGAUUUUAUACUUCGUUGCCUUUUUGAUUAUGAGUCCUGUCUCAGGCUGGAUGUUUGAGAAGGUGGGCAUCAAGAAAAGUUUGCUCUUUGGUGCCAGUAUUCAAUUUAUUGGUGCUCUCCUUCGAUAUAUCGCCCACUUCAUCACUUCCACACCCGACAGCCCAGGCGGUCGAGUGGCACUGACCUUGGUUGGCCAGAUCAUCGCAGCCUCUGCUCAGCCUUUCUUCUUGAACGUGCCCCCCAAGUACGCUGCCGUUUGGUUCUCUGAGAACGGACGUACGACUGCUACCAUGAUCGGCUCUGUUGCCAAUGCUCUCGCUGCUGCUCUCGCUCAAUUGAUUAUUCCCAUCAUUACAACCGACAAGGAUUCCAUGUCUACAUCGGUUCUCGUAUGCGUCAUCCUUGCAGUUGUAGCCUUUAUUCCCGUGUUGUUCAUGUCUGAGCGUCCUCCUACUCCUCCUUCGCCUUCGGCAGCAGAGGCUCUUCUGGAGACUUCCGAGGAGCCCUUUUGGGUCAGUCUCAAGAAGGUCGGCUCCAACAAGCAAUUCCUUAUCCUCAUGUUCUUGUUUGGAACUUUUGUUGGCUUCUUCAACGCCUUCUCGUCUCUUAUUUCUCAGUUCAGCGCUCCUUUCGGUUACACCGCAAAUGAGGCUGGCUACUUUGGUGCCGCGAUGAUUGUGGCCGGUUUAGUUGGUGCUGGUAUUUCUGGUCCAGUAAUUGAUCGUAACAAGCAGUACAAGACAUUGCUCAAGACGAUGGUUCCCUUGGCAACUUUAUUCUACAUCAUCUUUGUCUUUGUCGUCCGCAAAGACUUCCUCAUCGGCAUCGUUGUUGCUUCAGCUCUCCUUGGUCUCUUCUCAUUUUCACUGCUGCCUAUUGUGUUGGAGCUGGGUGUAGAAUGCACAUACCCUGUCACACCUGCAUCGUCAACCUCGCUUCUUUGGGGCUCCGGUCAAUUCUUUGCUGUCAUUUUCUUGCUUGUCCUGGGAGCCCUCCAGGACGACGAAAAGGCUGCUGAGACUGGCAUUAAUCCUCCAUUGAUCUUUAUCGCUGCCUGGUGUGUGAUUGCCACCUUCCCUGUAUAUUUGUACAAAGCACCUUAUCGUCGUCUGGAGGCUGAGGCUCGUUCGCUUCAAACUGAAAAACUUACGCAAGAUUAUGGUGCCAAGCAGGAGCUUUAUGAUGUUCCUCUUGGAUCAAAGUAAAAAGGAAAAAAAAAAAGCAAUGAAGUUUCUUAUUUUCGUAAUCCCUACACCCAUAACCAUAGCCCAUAUACCAUUCACGUCCUAUAUCAACAUCUAGUUCUGUACAUGUAGAUCGGAGACCUUAAUGAUUCUAAAGAUAAAAAUAUAAAAAGCGCGUGCAUCAGGUUGCGUAACAUCUC